AUGAAUAAACCCUCUGAAUGCGAAGCUUACAAACAGCAGCUAAGUGGUCAUCAAAACACUGUUCUCUCUGUCUCAUUUUCCAAAGAUGGCAAUUCAAUUUAUUCAGCCUCUGUAGACAAAACUGUCCGAGUAUGGAAUAGACACACAGGUGAUUUAAAAGGUCAGCUCGAAGGUCAUAAUGGUGCAGUCACAUGUGUCAGGUUUUCUCCAACAGAAGAAGAUGUUGCUACAAGUUCUGGUGAUUUAAGCAUCCAUUUGUGGGACCCAAAGACGUACCAACGGAGACGUGUUAUUAAGAAUGCCCACAAGAUGUGGAUUAACUGCAUCUCAUAUUCACCUGAUGGUAAGAAAUUGAUAUCAUCAUCACUGGACAAAAAAUUAAAAAUUUGGGAUGUUGCAUCAGGUCGUAUGAAGAGCGAGCUUAUUGGUCAUGAAGGUCAUGUGAUUUUCUGUGAUUGGUCCCCGAUCGAUGGUAAUAAAGUGGCAUCCUGUGGGGAUAACCUGGAGCUGUAUAUUUGGAAUGUGAAGAAACGGUCAACCAUGCUUACACUGGUAGGUCAUAAAAUCAAAGACAACGUCAAUUUCCCAGCUUCAGAUCACUUGGAAGGACAUAAAAUCCUUGACUAUAAAUCCGCAAUCUGGUGUGUCCGAUUUUCUCAUAAUGGUAAGAUGUUAGCAUCUGCAGCUGUCGACUCAAGUGCCAUAGUUUACAAUGCUAUCACUGGUGACCAAAUGGCAAGAUUCCGUCUACCCAAUGAUGCUUCAUCAGUUGCAUUUUCAUCUGAUGACCAGUUACUGGUGGCGAGCUCGUCAAGUCACAUGUCAGUCCAUCUGUAUAAUAUCAUAAAGAAAGAAAACUUGGCUUUAUUAGGUGGACAUUCCGGAUAA